GAGAAACCAAGUGACUUUCAGUUUCAAGGUAUUAUGAUUUCCUUUCAAGCAGUAAACUUCUCUCCAAAUGGGAAACAGUCAGCUACAGUUUCAGAGUUGGGGAAUUCAUCAAAGAAGAGAAAGUGUGAAGACUCAAAAGCUGAAGCAGUUCUUGUUGACAAAAGAUCAAAAGUUGCAGAAAGCACAAAACCAAUCUCUGAUAUCGAGCUACACCUCGAGACUCCUUUGCCACUAGAGUGGCGACAGUGCCUCGAUAUUCAGUCAGGAAAGAUAUAUUUCUACAAUUCAAUGACCCAUAUAAGAACAACAAAAGAUCCAAGGAGGAGUCACGAGCCUGAAAAUACUGGUGAUCAUAUGAGCUUAGACCUUGAAUUGAACUUACAAAGUGGUUCUCCAGAACCGUUCAUGGACUCCAGCAGAUACAAUAAGAAGAAUUCAGAAGGCCCAGCUCGCAGUCCAUCAUGGCUAGCAGUUGGAGGGGAUCAAGAAGAGAUGGUGGCAAGUGUGUGCUCACGGUGCCAUAUGUUGGUGAUGAUGGCCAAGUCCUCUCCAGCAUGUCCAAACUGCAAAUUCCUUCAUCCACCAGACCAAAGCCCUGCAAAACUGUUCAAGCAAAGACUUACCCUCUUUUGCUAGCAAGGAUCAAAACCCUAAUUUCACAUAAUAGGAAUCCAUCAAGGGCAAUUCAUGGGAUUCCCUGUUUAGUAUUAGAAGUUAAAGAGAUAGAGAGACUAAAUUAUAUGACGUUCUGAGUCUUCUGACGUAUGAAAAAAUGUACAUUAGUAAUGUUCUUAUGUAUGCAUAUUCCUGUUCCAGUUUAUCAUGCAGCCCAUUAUAAUGAUGGUAGAUCAGAAAAUCAUGCAUCCUAAUCAAUCAUG